AUGGAAGAGAGGACUGCGGAAACCGGGGAUGAUGGGAGGACGAGUGAGGAAGCUGCCGCCAGCCUCAGUCUGCAUCUUGACCUGGGGGACACCGAUUCAGCCAAGAAGGCGCAGAUAACAGAGAUGCCGUCCCCAUUCGGAGUAGGGCAAACCAGUGAGAAAAAAAUUGGUCAUAGGAGAGUAGAUGCCUCUGGAGAGACAACAUAUAAGAAGACUACCUCCUCUGCCUUGCAAGGGUCCAUCCAGCUGGGCAUUGGAUACACUGUAGGCAACCUCAGCUCCAAGCCUGAAAGAGAUGUGUUGAUGCAGGACUUUUAUGUGGUGGAAAGCAUCUUCUUCCCAAGUGAAGGCAGUAACCUCACUCCAGCCCACCACUACCCAGACUUUAGGUUUAAAACCUACGCCCCUGUGGCCUUCCGCUACUUCCGAGAGCUGUUUGGGAUCCGACCAGAUGACUACCUGUAUUCUCUAUGUAAUGAGCAAAUGAUCGAGUUGACAAACCCAGGAGCUAGUGGCUCGAUAUUCUAUGUGACCCGCGAUGACGAGUUCAUCAUCAAAACGGUUCAGCACAAAGAGGCUGAGUUUCUUCAGAAACUCCUUCCUGGAUACUACAUGAACCUGAACCAGAACCCCCGUACUUUGCUGCCAAAGUUUUUUGGCCUCUACUGCGUCCAGUGCGGGGGCAAGAACAUCAGAGUUGUCGUGAUGAACAAUAUUUUACCACGCUCUGUACGCAUGCACCUCAAGUUUGAUCUAAAGGGCUCCACAUACAAGAGGCGAGCAUCCAAGAAGGAAAGAGAGAAGUCCAAACCCACUUUUAAAGACCUGGACUUUCUAAAUGAUGUUCCUGAAGGCCUCACUCUGGACCAGGACACUUACAGUGCUCUGGUCAAAACUCUGCAGAGAGACUGUCUGGUUCUGGAAAGUUUUAAGAUUAUGGACUACAGUUUGCUGCUGGGGGUCCACAACAAAACCCAAGCCAAGCGGGAGAACCAGUCUCAGGGUUCACCUGCAGGAGGUGGGGACGAAAAGAGACGUGCAGCUCAGAGAGCCUUGUACUCCACGGCCAUGGAGUCCAUACAGGGAGGCUCCACAUGCAGAGACACGCUGGACCAUGAUGACACUAUGGGUGGUAUUCCAGCUGUGGGCAGUAAAGGAGAGCGCCUCUUGCUCUUCAUUGGAAUCAUUGACAUCCUGCAGUCCUACAGAAUGAUCAAGAAACUGGAGCACUCCUGGAAGUCCCUCAUCCAUGACGGGGACACAGUGUCAGUUCACAGACCUAGUUUCUAUGCUGACAGGUUCUACAAAUUCUGUAGCACCAUCGUUUUCAAGAAGAGCAGCUCAUUGCGGUCUUCUCCGUCCAAGAGAGGACGAGGGGCUCUCUCCAUGUCCAAGUCCAGUGCUGGAACAGGUUCAGCUGGGCAGCGUCCCUCACUGAGUGAAGAGAGGCAGGACAACCUGGACAACCUGGAGAACCUACGAGGAGCUCGCAGCUUUCCCAUGCUCGAGGACAAUGGAAGAGAGCCACCCUGCACUCCUCCAUCCUUUGAAGAUGCUACCACAGCUUCUAUUGCCACCACUCUCUCCUCUAACAACUCCUUACCCACAACCCCCUUUGAUACACCAGAGCACCCACGCUACAGGAGACAAAUGCUUUCCCCAAGUGUGCCCAGGGCACAGAAAGAGGUUGUUGAGGUUCACGGGGAAAAGCAGGACACCAUUACAGUGGAGGUGGAGCUCAGUAAAAUCCCACAGAGCACUGAGCUCACACAGAUGACAGAAAUGACCUCUCCCAGCCAUCCGUCACCUGAUCACCAGCUCCCUGCCGCUGCCUCAUCCACCCCUCCCUCUCUUAGUCCAACCUCAGCAUAUUCCUCCUCCACCCUUCCUUCUUCCUUUGUGUCUUCCUCCUCCGCUGCUCAAUCAGCUGGCCAGUUAUCCUCCACACUUGCUUCAUCCAUCUGUCCAUCCACCAAACCACUCACCUCUCCUGUGGCUGCUCAGUCUUCCCCGCCUUCUUCUCCCGUCUCGCAUUCAGCUGCUCAAUCCAAACUUCUCACUUCAGCUCCAAACACCUCCACCCUCCCACCUGGCUCAGCAUUUAGUCCCAUCUGCCCUGCGUCUUCUCACUCCUCCACCCCGAGCUCUUCUCACCAUCUCCCCUCGACCCCUCCCUCCUCCCACCCUCCAAGCCCCCAGGUGCCUCAGCAUGCGCUGCGUACACCGAGCAAUCAGCUGUCUGUGUCCAGCAGCCACAACUCGUUGGAUGGAGAGGUGCAGGUGUCUGACAUCUACUUUUAUGCAGAUGGCAGAUAUUGGGUGUACUCUCCUGUUCUUGGCCGUCGUAAGCUAAACUCUAGCUCAAGUUACAAUCAGACUCAGGAGGAUCGGGGCUGGGUGUACUCUCCUCUGCACUACAGCUCAGAGUCCAGAAGGGGCUCAGACGGGGAGAGUGAGACAGGUGACAAGUCAGCCAUGUCGGGCCAUGAUGGAAUGUGUGAUGGACAAGGAUCAGCACUUACAUGA